UGUUUAUUGCAAGCACGUGGAUAAAAGUGAGAAGUGUCAGAAAUGGGACAGAAAAAUCGUAAUGCAAGAGUCGUUCCUCGUUCUAAGAAUGUCGGAAGGAAGAAAUGGAAGAAAGGCCAUAGUAGCAGUAGUAAUCCAGAGACGAAAAUAUUCAGAGAGGCUGCGAAAAGUAGAUUUUUCAACAAACAAUCAGGCCCAAGCUCGUUGACAGAAGGUGCUCUUGCUAAACAUAAUGAGGGUCAGGUGGAUGGUGAUGCCAUUCUGUCAGACGAUGAAUCAGACAGACAGACAGCGGGAGGAAAGACCUUUAACACGUGGGCAACAAACUGGACAGAUUGUACCAAUGUCACAUUCAACAAAGUCCAUCGAUAUUGGGCCUCAAACUCAGCCCUACACAAAGAGAUAUUGGCAAUCCUGGCUGCUGUAACAGAAGUCAUCAAGUCCCAAGGCGGAACAGAAACAGAAACCGAAUACUUUGCUGCCCUGAUGACAGCAUUAGAGACCACAGAAGGACUUGACUCUCUCACAGCAAUAACUUACCUACUCAACAUUGUUCUGAAAAGAGUACCACCAACAGUACUGCGCAGUAGAUUUUCAGAAGUUGCUAGGCAACUGUUGGAUGUCAUGGCAACCCAUGUUGAUGGAGAAUCAACUUCACUCCUAAAAUCGCUGAUUAUGUCACUAGCAACGCUGCUGCGAGUUCAGGAGCCAGCUGUAUGGUCAAACUCGUCCACUCACAGGAUUUACUCCGGCCUCCUCACCUUCACCACUCACAAAAAACCCAAGGUCCGGAAGGCUGCCCACCAGGGUGUGUGUAUAAUACUGAGGGGUAGCCUGUUUAUGACCCAGGGAGAUCCUCCACCUCAUCACCCAGCAGCCUCCAUCACGGCCAAAUUCUGCAUCCAGAAAGUUGAGGAGUGUGGAGGUUCUGGAGAUGCGACAGACACUCUACACACCCUGUCCUUACUGAAGGAGGUGGUGGGGCUCCUUCCCCAGCAUAGUACCAAGUCUGUGUGUGAAACUAUACUGAGACUGAUGACCCUCAGUAACCCGAUGGUGACUGCGAGUAGUAUGCAGACGCUGCACGGUUUAUUUUCUUCAAACCCCAAAAUAUCCAACUUUUCCUCCGAACUGAAUGGACAGAUAAUUACAGCUCUAUAUGACUACCAGCCGUCGGAGAACGACGUACAACCCAUGCAGGCGUGGCUUGUUGUCAUGGAGAAGGCACACAUCAACCUCGUCAAACUUGAUGAGAAGCUUGGCAUCAGUCACUUGCCCCGUCUCUUCUCCACGGGAAUGGCUAAUUUAUUGUCUGAUAAAGAGGAAGUGACAGCCACUGCAGCCAAAACCAUGAAGAGUCUGCUAAAGACGUGUCUGGGUACGGUGUCUGACGGACUAGUGGGUGUGGUCAGGUCCGCCCCUGACGGGUCCCCCACUCCUAUACAUAAACUGGUGCGUGCGGUGGACACUGGCCUGAGCUACCAGUUCCAUGCUUCGUGGGGACAUGUCCUCAAUAUCUUCUCCAUAUUCUUUGAGGUUUUUGGAAAGCAGUGCCCACAGCUAUUUAAAAAAAGUUUGCCCUCCAUAGCCAGCCUGCGAGACAGUCCACGGUUUGCCUACAAGGCGGAGCUUGACCAUACAUUUGGGUGUGCUGUUAAAUACAUGGGCCCCCGACAGGUACUACAGGUGGUGCCUCUCAACAUCACAGGCGAAAAUGAUGACUACAGUUUUCCAACCAGCUGGAUGAUCCCAGUGAUCCGAGAUAAUCUCUAUAAAACAGAGCUAGGCUUUUUCACCUCCUACUUCCUACCACUGGCUGCAAAGUUUAGGCAGAGAGCUCUGGAGGGCAAUGAUGGAGACAGUGUUGUGGUGAAGAAGUCGUACGAGGCUCUCCACCUACAGAUCUGGUCCAUGUUACCAGGGUUCUGUACCAAACCUACAGACCUCACACAGUCUUUUAAAACAAUCGCCAAGGUCCUGGGUACAGCCAUCAGUGAUUGGCCAGGUCUUCGUAUGGAGGUGAUGUCAUCGCUAAGGAAACUUAUCAACCAGAGUAAAGAAGAUGAGUCCAGUAAAAAGGCAGUGUCACAAUUUGCAAAGAAUUUCCUUCCUAUCUUAUUUAACCUGUUUACUGCUGACCCUGAGAAAGAUAAAGAUCCUACACGACUGGCAGUGCUGGAGACAGUCAAAUGUUACCUACAGGUCGCUGAUUCUCAGCUUGUGCUUUCUUUCUGUGAUAAGUGUAUGGGCAAGCUUGAAGAAGAAAAUAUCACUUCAUUUAGAAGACAAGCCUUACUGGAUCUGGUCAUUGGCAUGGUCUCCUACAUAGACAACACAAGAUUACGGUUAAUGUUGGACUUCUGUAAAACUAAUCUACAGAACACAGAUCGAUCCCUCCAGAAGAAAUGUUACCGUUACAUGGAAGAGGUUUGUGCAUGUCAGUGCGACACAACCCGACAGUUUAUCCAGGACAACUUAGCCGAGGUCCAGGAGGUGUUGCUGUCCUCUCUGUCCACAUCUAGUCCUUCCUCCAAGGCGCCUCGACUACGUUGCCUUAUCAACAUAUUCCAACAAUUAGGUGACGCUGAGCAAGACUUCCUCCUGGCUGUCGUACCUGAGGCAAUUCUGUGUACUAAAGAGCUAGCAGAGCGAGCGAGAACAGCAGCGUACGGUCUAUUGGUGGAGAUGGGGAAGGCUCAGAUCAGAUGGGCAGAUAACUCUGAUGCAACUCAUCAAGCCGCUGUACAUACCUACUUCCGGACCUUGAUGGCUGGAUUAGCCGGAUCUCCCCAGAUGAUCAGUGCCACACUGCUCGCCCUUACCAGAGUUCUGUACGAGUUCAAAGACCAUAUUGACGGGUUAAUGCUGGAGUCUAUUAUAGACAAUGCUUGUCUACUGUUGACGUCUCGGGCUCGUGAGGUUGUCAAGUCAACACUCAGCUUUAUCAAGGUUCUCCUGUCGGCCUACCAGGACACUACACUAGCACCACACCUGAAAAAACUGAUGUCUAACUUGGUCAGUAUGAAGGAAGAUGCCAGGCAUCAUUUCAGGUUUAAAUCCAAGGAAAUCUACGCCAAACUCAUCAGAAAGUUUGGGUAUGAGACAAUCUGUGGUAUGGCACCAGCAAGUAUCCAUAAAAUCCUUAUCAACAUCAGGAAGACCGAGGAAAGAGCUAAAAAGGCCAGGAAGGCUGGCAAGGCUAAAGAAGAUUCUGAUAGUGACGAGGAGGGCCACCUCAGGUCACAGCCAGAAACUGUUGAGGAGUUGUUACAGGACACUGACUCAGAGAUGGAAGAGGAUACUGACAAUAAGAAGAAAAAGAAGGGAGAAAAGAAGUCGUCCAAGGGAGAUAAGGGGGCGUGGCUUCAAGAAGGAAAUGAGGAUGAGAUCAUGGACUUCUUGGAUACUACUGCUUCUAAGAAAGUCGUGGCCACCAAACCACUUGCUAAGAAGCAAGUUACGAAGUCCAAAGAUGCAGGCUUUAAGAAGGCAGCAGAUGGUCGGCUCAUUAUUACAGAGGGGAGUGAAGACGGAGGAGCUGGAGGUCAAAUCUCUGAUGAAGAUGACCUUGACGAGCUGUUGGAGGCCAUGGAGAAAGGUUCAGGUGCCACAAAGCGUGCCAAGAAGAGGAAGAUAGAAGAUAUUGCAUCAGAGGCUGGAGGCAGUGUAGUUUCCUCUCGUUAUAAAGCUGGAGGUCAUGGUAUCCAUCGACCUAUGUCAGGUGAUGCAAAGACGAAGACAAACAAACCUAUAGGAGGAGAAUACAAAUCAAAGAAAGCAGGAGGAGAUAUGAAGAAAAAGGAUAAACCAGAACCUUAUGCUUAUGUACCGCUUGACUUCCAGUCACUCAACAAACGGAAAAAGGCUAAGAUGCAAGGAAGAUUCAAUAAUCUUGUGAAAGGUGCUCGGAAAGGUGCAAUGAAGGGGUCAAAGGGCAAAGGGUCAAAGGGGAAAAAAUAAAUGUUCCAAUUUGUUAAAAGUGACGAAAAAGAAUUGAAUGGUUGAAAGAAAGGCAAAGGGACAAAUAUGAGAAAAAAGAGCCAAGUCUGCACUGAAAGAUGGAAUUGAAUAACUUGAUUCACAUUGAUUGACAGCAGAAUGUGGAUUGGAAUUCGACCUAAACUAGUAAAUAAACCUGAUGUAAAUUAAAAACUACCAGAUAUUGUGUAUAAAAACGUUGUAACUUGGUGAUAUGUUUUGUGAAAGUUCCUGUAUUCAAGAGCUGCUGUUCCUUAAUAUGUACAUGUACAUUGUAUAUGCUGUUAUAUAUGACUGUUAGUAGACAUUUGUUAAUUCUAUGAAGAAUUAAAAACUUUACAGAAACACUGCAAUUAAAUAUUUAAUUUGAAGACAUUGUAUUUUAGAAGUGUCAUUU